CCUUGUAUUCCACUCUUCAGUGUUCACACUUCACACCCAUCAGCUCUUUUUUCUUUUUUUGUUUUUUGUAUUUUUUUAUGUCAAUAUAUUAUAUAUAUUUCCAUUCUUGCAUGUGGCCUUGCUGUUAUUACUUUAUAUAUUUCAUAUUUAAUUAUUAUUUCUAGGUAUUAUAGCACUUCGUUUUCCUUUUAGGUAGUUUUAUAUUGCAUUGACCAUUCAUUUAUUGCAAUAUGUAUAUCCUUUUCAUUUGAUAUAUUUUUCUACUUGAAGAAUACCCAGUUUUCAUUAUCACGGCAGAGUAAUUCUUAUCACCUUGACUUCUUACGUGCUCGCAUUUUCAGAUUGCAUUCAUUGGAUGAGUAGUCAGUUCAUUGAGAAAAUUAAAACUAUAUACUUUUUUCUUUUUUGACAGAAACUUUCUGCAAAUUGCAAUAUUUAUUCACUUUUCAGUUUUUGUUUCUUUCUCUGUAUUUGUUAUAAGAAACCGUUUUCAUUUCCUGAACUUUGAUAUCCGUUUUAGAGGAAACAGGCAUGACUAUUGCGGAUGGAGGAGAGUUGCCUGCAAGGCUUGAGGGGAAAUUUUGUGCCAUGGUAGUUUGUUGGAUUCUUGGAUUUGGAUCUCUUAUCUCUUGGAAUAGCAUGCUGACAAUUGGAGAUUAUUUUUACAAUUUGUUCCCGAAUUACCAUCCUUCAAGGGUGCUUACCCUUGUUUAUCAACCAUUUGCACUUGGAACAAUGGCGAUACUGGCAUACAACGAAUCAAGGAUUGAUACUAGACGGAGGAACAUUAUUGGAUACUUGCUUUUCUUUGCAAGUACUUUCAUGCUCAUAGUGUUGGAUUUAGCCACAUCAGGGAGAGGAGGAAUUGGACCUUUUAUAGGUAUAUGUGCAAUUGUAGGCUGUUUUGGAGUUGCAGAUGCCCAUGUUCAAGGUGGAAUGGUUGGAGAUUUAUCUUUCAUGCUCCCUGAUUUCAUCCAGUCCUUCUUUGCUGGUCUGGCUGCAUCUGGGGCCUUAACCUCUGCUUUGAGGCUAAUCACAAAAGCAGCAUUUGAAAAGUCUGAUAAUGGUCUUCGUAAAGGAGCAAUGUUGUUUCUUGCUAUUUCUACAUUCUUUGAGUUUCUUUGCGUCCUGCUGUAUGCAUUUUUCUUCCCUAAAUUGCCAAUAGUGAAGUACUUCCGCUCAAAGGCAGCCUCAGAAGGAUCAAAAACUGUUAAAGCUGAUCUUGCAGCAGCUGGAAUCCGAACAAAAGAAGACCAAGGAGUACUGCAACCUUCUGCUAGUGUCAUAUUUAGAUUGAGCAACAAACAGUUAUUCCUUCAGAAUAUAGAUUACGGGCUUGACCUUUUUCUGAUAUACGUCUUAACAUUGUCAAUUUUCCCUGGGUUCUUAUAUGAAAACACUGGUGAACACAAGUUGGGUACAUGGUAUCCUCUUGUGCUGAUAGCAGCUUACAAUGUGUGGGAUCUGAUAUCAAGAUAUCUUCCUCUAGUGAAAUUCCUUAAGAUAGAAUCCAGGAAGGGCCUUAUGAUUGCAAUACUUUCUCGUUUCUUACUGAUCCCUGCUUUCUACUUCACUGCCAAGUAUGGUGAUCAGGGAUGGAUGAUACUGCUUGUAUCCUUCCUGGGAUUAACAAAUGGUCACCUCACGGUCUGUGUCAUGACAGCAGCCCCUAAAGGUUACAAGGGACCUGAGCAAAAUGCCUUAGGUAAUUUACUAGUACUAUGUUUACUAGCUGGCAUAUUUUCAGGUGUUGCUUUGGACUGGUUGUGGCUCAUUGGUAAAAAGAAUGCCUUCUAAAGAUCCAAGUCUAUCUUGUUAUCCAAUGAAAAAAGUUGUUCUUUCCUAACUGCAGAAGUGUUCAAGCUUGAUAAAGGAUAGAAUUUUAGUUUGCCAGUCUUUCCUAACUGCAGAACUGUUCAAGCCAGUCUUUAUAAAUCAUCAUUUUAGUGUUUCC